UGCUUUGUUGGAUUUCAGUUAAGCUAGCGAGACCCUUAGUAAUGGCGGCGACGGCGGAGAACCCGAAGGACGACAAGCCGGUGAUUGUUAGGGUUAAGCGAAAGGCAUCGCAAUUUCGCCUCGAUGCUUUGUGGCUUGAAAUCAAUGAGAGACCACAUAAACGUCCGUUGAUUGACUUUGAGAAGCUCUCAAUUUCUGAGUCUUCUUCUAGUAAAGUAGAGGAAUUGAAGACGAAAAAGAUUCUUGUACAGCAUGUUGAGACCAUGGCUUGCUCAGAAGUCACUGCUGAUCUUGUGCUGUCUUUUGUGCCUGGUUCUGCUGAUUCUUCAAUCAUCAAAGAGAAAAUUGAGGAAAGAAGACAUGCAUUUAAGGCUGACAAUCACAUGCAAAGGAAAGAUCAGCUUCUUGCAAAAGCUAAACAAAAACAAGAGGAUUUGUCAAAAAAUGCUCGUUUUGAGCAAAUAUGGAAAAAUAGAAGGGGAAAGAAGGAUGAUGAAGCACUACAUGAAGUCUGCCGACUGUAUGAUGUUGUUCGUGUUGAUACAGAGGAAAAAAGCCAUGAUGUACAAGAGGAAGAUCCAGAGUUGGAAGAUCACAGGAUGAUGUCUCAGUAUUUGCCACUCUUAAGAGAAGUCAUGCCAAGUGCCGCUGAAGAAAUUGAGUCUGACAUACAUGACUAUGUCUUCAAACGAGCAUCUUCAGAUGGUUUUGUCUAUGACUUCUAUGCCGUUAAGAAUGAUGUUGAAACCAUGGAGGAAUCAACUGCACACCAUUUUCCUUUGGUUCAAGUGGAUGAUGAUGAUGACUUCUAUGAUGGUCCUGAUGAUUCCGACAAUGAAAGUUAUGAUUCUAAUGAUGAAAAUAACCCCCGGAAUGAUUAUCCCGAUGACGAUGAAGUAGAAACUAUAGCUUCAAAUGACCAGUCAGAAUGUGAGAGCGAAUCUUCUUCUGAAGAAGGAGAAACGGGCAGCCAUGUAUCUCGCGAAGGAGAAGAUUUGGGUCGAUACGAGUGGUCAGAUGGCAGGGAUCCAUUUGUUGAAGAUGAUAUCUACAGUGGUGAUGAUUGGGAGUUGUAUGACAAUGAUGAAAAGGUGUUUGGUGAGGAAGACAAAUGGAUGUGAUUUCUGCUAGUUGUAGUUGUCUGAUAUCAUAUGGAUUCCCUUUCAGAGGAUUCUUACACUACUGGGUAAAAUUAUGAAGUGUGAUUUUUGCUAAAUAAAUGUGCUUUAAUGUUUGAGGAA